AUGAAAUUCUUCUCGCUGAUUCUCACUCUUCUUCUGCUUAUUGCCGGCACAUCGGCCAAAAAAGAAAGAAUGAUGGUGUUCAGUCCCGGUAAGUUCCUUAUUCUUUAUCAACUGUGAUAUCUUUCAAAUGAAUCAUUUCCAGUGGCAAGACCUCCCGGAAUGGAGUGCAACCAAGGCACCCAAGGCACCCUAGGCACUCAAAAUGGAUACAUAAUGGAAGAGGACCUCAUGGAUCUUCCCCUUGACUCAGAAUCCCGCGCUCGCCUCCUCGAACAGUUCCACAAAAUGCAAGAAUCGGGCGAAUUGAACGAGCACAGCACAAUCCACUUCAAAUAUUAA